AUGGGCCGAGGGGUGCGCGUGCUGCUGCUGCUGGGCCUGCUGCACUGGGCCGGGGGCGGCGAGGGCAGGAAGACCUGGAGACGCCGCGGCCAGCAGCCGCCCCCGCAGCCGUCCCCGCAGCGGGCCGAGGCGGCGCCCGCGGCCGCACAGCCGGUGGAGAGCUUCCCUCUGGACUUCACGGCCGUGGAGGGCAACAUGGACAGCUUCAUGGCGCAGGUCAAGAGCCUGGCGCAGUCCCUGUACCCCUGCUCAGCGCAGCAGCUCAACGAGGACCUGCGGCUGCACCUUCUGCUCAACACGUCGGUGACUUGCAACGACGGCAGCCCUGCCGGCUACUACCUAAAGGAAUCCAAGGGCAGCCGGCGGUGGCUCCUCUUCCUGGAAGGCGGCUGGUACUGUUUUAACCGCGAGAACUGCGACUCCCGCUACAACACGAUGCGGCGCCUCAUGAGCUCCAGCGACUGGCCGCGCACUCGCACAGGCACGGGGAUCCUGUCCUCCCAGCCAGAGGAGAACCCCCACUGGUGGAACGCCAACAUGGUCUUCAUCCCCUACUGCUCCAGUGAUGUCUGGAGCGGGGCUUCCUCCAAGUCCGACAAGAACGAAUACGCCUUCAUGGGUGCCCUCAUCAUCCAGGAGGUGGUGCGAGAGCUCCUGGGCAAAGGGCUGAGCGGGGCCAAGGUGCUGCUGCUGGCGGGGAGCAGCGCCGGGGGCACCGGGGUGCUGCUGAACGUGGACCGCGUGGCUGAGCAGCUGCAGGAGCUGGGCCACCCGGCCAUCCAGGUGCGGGGCCUGGCCGACUCGGGCUGGUUCCUGGACAACAAGCAGUACCGCCGCACGGACUGCGUGGACACCGUCACCUGUGCGCCCACCGAGGCCAUCCGCCGAGGCAUCAGGUACUGGAACGGGGUGGUCCCGGAGCGCUGCCGGCGCCAGUUCAAAGAGGGCGAAGAGUGGAACUGCUUCUUCGGCUACAAGAUCUACCCGACACUGCGCUGCCCGGUGUUCGUGGUACAGUGGCUGUUUGACGAGGCCCAGCUGACCGUGGACAACGUGCACCUCACGGGACAGCCGGUGCAGGAGGGCCAGUGGCUGUAUAUCCAGAACGUGGGCCGGGAGCUGCGGCACACGCUCAAGGACGUGGCGGCCGGAUUUGCCCCCGCCUGCCUCUCCCAUGAGAUCAUCCUCCGCAGCCACUGGACGGACGUCCAGGUGAAGGGGACUUCGCUGCCACGGGCGCUCCACUGCUGGGACAGAAGCCUCCACGACAGCCACAAGGCCAGCAAGGCGCCGCUGAAGGGCUGCCCCGUCCACCUGGUGGACGGCUGCUCCUGGCCCCACUGCAACCCCUCCUGCCCCACCAUCCGGGACCAGUUCACGGGGCAGGAGAUGAACGCAGCCCAGUUCCUCAUGCACAUGGGCUUCGACGUGCACACCGUGGCCCAGCAGCAGGGCCUGGAGCCCAGCAAGCUGCUCGGGAUGCUGAGCAGCGGGAGCUAG